GCCAAUAUGGCGGCGCCGUGGCGGUGGCGCGGUGGCGGCCGCUGAGGGUAGGCGCGUCUCUUCCGCAUGGUGGAGGUGCGGUGACGGCCGCGGGCUCUGAGCGCCGGCCCCGGCGAUCCCUUCCCUGCCCCUCGGCGGGGCCGUCCCGCCAUGCAGCCCCCGGCCCGCGAGCAGGACGCCCGCACCAAGAGCAUGUUUGUGUCACGGGCCCUGGAGAAGAUCCUAGCCGAGAAAGAGGCGAAGCGGCCCCCGCACGGACAGCUGCGGAGAGCCUGCCAGGUGGCGCUGGAUGAAAUCAAAACAGAGCUGGAAAAGCAAAGAGAAGGCACUGCAGCUCCACCAAAAGCAAACUUCAUUGAAGCAGACAAAUAUUUCCUUCCAUUUGAGCUGGCCUGCCAGUCAAAGUCUCCACGCAUUGUCAGUACCUCACUGGACUGUUUACAGAAACUCAUUGCAUAUGGACAUAUCACUGGCAAUGCUCCAGACAGUGGAGCUCCUGGAAAACGAUUGAUUGACCGAAUCGUUGAAACCAUUUGCAAUUGUUUCCAGGGUCCUCAAACAGAUGAAGGAGUACAAUUGCAGAUAAUUAAGGCUCUUCUUACUGCAGUCACCUCUCCAUAUAUAGAAAUCCACGAAGGAACAAUUCUCCAGACCGUUAGGACCUGUUACAACAUCUAUCUGGCCAGUAAAAAUCUUAUCAAUCAGACAACUGCCAAAGCUACCCUGACGCAGAUGCUGAAUGUCAUUUUCACACGGAUGGAGAAUCAAGCUAUACAAGAAUCCAGAGAAGUAGAAAAAACUCAUCAGCAAAAAUCCCAGUCUCCUGCAAUUCAGGUGGUGCCCAAGUCUCCAAAGCUUGGGCAGUUCAAGCACAGCUAUCAGGAGGGUAAAGCCGCUGCUCCUGCAAGUGUAGAAUUGACAAACGGGGAGCCUGAGAGGGCAGAAAAUGGAGAAGUGAAGUUGGAGCAGGAUCCAACUCGUUCAGCAUCAGAGGAAGCAACUGAUGGAGGAAAAGAAAUGGUUAAAGGCAUCUUGGAAGAUGUGGUUGAGUCAGCUGUGAAAGUGGCUGAAGAAAAGCAAGUAACAGAAACAGUUAAGGCUCUCCCUGCAUCAGACGCUGCAGAUCUGGCUCUUUCUAGCUCUAGUAAUGAAAAUGUACAAACAAAUGGGAUUCCAGAUGAUGGGCAAUCUGUUUCCUCCACUGAUAAUCUGGAAACAGAUGUAUCUGGGCAUCAAGCUGCUGCCAAAUUUUCCCAUGUUCUACAAAAGGAUGCCUUCCUUGUGUUCAGGUCAUUGUGCAAGCUCUCAAUGAAGCCACUUGGUGAUGGACCACCUGACCCCAAAUCCCAUGAACUGCGUUCUAAAGUAGUCUCUCUCCAGCUGCUUCUCUCAGUACUGCAGAAUGCUGGUCCAGUUUUCAGGACACACGAAAUGUUCAUCAAUGCAAUCAAGCAAUACCUUUGUGUAGCAUUAUCUAAAAAUGGAGUCUCUUCUGUUCCUGAUGUAUUUGAGCUCUCUCUUGCCAUCUUUCUCACGCUGCUUUCCAAUUUUAAGACCCAUUUGAAGAUGCAGAUUGAGGUGUUCUUCAAAGAGAUCUUCCUGAAUAUCCUAGAGACUUCUUCGAGCUCCUUUGAGCACAAAUGGAUGGUGAUUCAGACUUUAACUAGAAUUUGUGCAGAUGCCCAGUGUGUAGUGGAUAUUUAUGUUAACUAUGACUGUGAUUUAAAUGCUGCUAAUAUCUUUGAACGCCUUGUAAAUGAUCUGUCCAAAAUCGCACAGGGACGGAGUGGGCAUGAGUUAGGAAUGACUCCUUUGCAGGAACUAAGCCUGAGGAAAAAAGGACUUGAAUGUUUAGUUUCUAUUUUAAAAUGUAUGGUAGAGUGGAGCAAAGACCUUUAUGUGAACCCAAAUCAUCAGGCUAGCUUGGGUUCAUAUAAACCAUCUGAACAGGAAAUGGCCGAAGGUAAAUGCCUGGACAGUGCAGGGAGACGGAGUAGUGUCAGCUCCUUGGACUCCACUGUAUCUUCAGGAGUUGGAAGUGUUGGUACCCAGACUGCUGUCCAAGAUGAUCCUGAGCAAUUUGAAGUAAUCAAGCAACAAAAGGAAAUAAUUGAACAUGGGAUAGAACUGUUCAAUAAGAAACCAAAGAGAGGGAUACAGUAUCUCCAGGAGCAGGGAAUGCUCGGUGCUACAGCAGAGGACAUUGCACAGUUUUUGCACCAAGAAGAACGCCUCUGUUCUACUCAAGUGGGAGAAUUUCUUGGGGAAAGCAACAAGUUUAACAAGGAAGUGAUGUAUGCCUAUGUAGACCAGCUUGAUUUCUGUGGAAAAGACUUUGUCUCUGCUCUGCGUAUGUUUCUGGAAGGUUUUCGUCUGCCAGGUGAAGCCCAGAAGAUUGAUAGAUUAAUGGAGAAGUUUGCUGCUAGAUAUAUUGAGUGCAACCAACGGCAAACCCUAUUUGCUAGUGCUGACACUGCCUAUGUUUUGGCAUACUCUAUUAUAAUGCUGACUACAGACUUGCACAGUCCACAGGUGAAAAACAAAAUGACAAAGGAGCAAUACAUUAAAAUGAAUCGAGGAAUCAAUGACAGUAAAGACCUGCCAGUAGAGUAUUUAUCCACAAUCUAUGAAGAAAUAGAAGGAAAGAAAAUUGCAAUGAAAGAGACAAAAGAAUAUGCAAUUGCGACCAAGUGUAGUAAACCAAGUGUAGCUAAUGAGAAGCAGCGGAGGUUGUUGUACAACUUGGAGAUGGAGCAGAUGGCUAAAACAGCUAAAGCUCUCAUGGAGGCUGUAAGCCACGCUAAGGCACCUUUUACUAGUGCCACUCAUCUGGAUCAUGUCAGACCCAUGUUCAAACUUGUCUGGACUCCACUGCUGGCAGCUUACAGCGUGGGCUUACAGAACUGUGAUGACACAGAAGUUGCAUCCCUUUGCCUGGAAGGAAUACGCUGCGCAAUUAGAAUAGCCUGUAUCUUUGGAAUGCAGCUUGAACGAGAUGCUUAUGUACAGGCCCUUGCUCGGUUUUCCUUGUUGACUGCCAGUUCCAGUAUUACAGAAAUGAAACAGAAGAACAUAGAUACCAUUAAGACACUUAUUACAGUUGCUCACACAGAUGGCAACUAUCUUGGGAACUCUUGGCAUGAGAUCUUGAAAUGUAUCAGCCAGCUGGAACUAGCACAACUUAUAGGAACUGGAGUGAAAACUCGCUAUUUAUCUGGCUCUGGGCGUGAAAGGGAAGGAAUCAUUAAAGGCUAUGCGUCUGGAGGAGAAGAAUUCAUGGGCCUGGGAUUAGGUAACCUUGUUGGCAGUGGAGCUGAUAAAAGGCAUAUGGCAAGCAUUCAAGAGUCUGUGGGAGAGACCAGUUCACAGAGUGUAGUGGUGGCAGUGGACAGGAUAUUUACAGGAUCAACUAGGCUGGAUGGAAAUGCAAUAGUUGACUUUGUCCGCUGGCUGUGUGCCGUCUCCAUGGACGAGCUGGCUUCUCCGCACCAUCCACGCAUGUUCAGCCUGCAGAAGAUAGUGGAGAUCUCGUAUUACAACAUGAAUCGUAUCAGGCUGCAGUGGUCAAGGAUUUGGCACGUGAUUGGAGAUCACUUCAACAAGGUUGGAUGUAACCCCAAUGAAGAUGUUGCCAUCUUUGCAGUAGACUCAUUGAGGCAGCUGUCAAUGAAAUUUCUUGAGAAGGGAGAGCUGGCCAACUUCCGCUUCCAGAAAGAUUUCCUGAGGCCUUUUGAGCAUAUUAUGAAGAAAAACAGAUCUCCAACGAUUCGGGACAUGGCCAUACGCUGUAUUGCUCAGAUGGUCAACUCUCAGGCUGCUAAUAUUCGUUCAGGCUGGAAGAACAUCUUUGCAGUCUUUCAUCAAGCAGCAUCAGACCAUGAUGGGAAUAUUGUGGAGCUGGCCUUUCAAACUACGGCACACAUAGUUACAAAUAUUUUUCAACAGCACUUUCCAGCAGCAAUUGACUCAUUUCAGGAUGCAGUCAAAUGUCUUUCUGAGUUUGCCUGCAAUGUUGCAUUCCCAGACACCAGCAUGGAAGCUAUUAGGCUAAUUCGGUAUUGUGCAAAAUACGUUUCAGAAAGACCACAGGUAUUAAGAGAAUACACAAGUGAUGACAUGAAUGUCGCUCCUGGGGACAGAGUAUGGGUCAGAGGAUGGUUUCCCAUUCUGUUUGAACUUUCCUGUAUCAUCAAUCGUUGCAAAUUAGAUGUUCGAACAAGAGGCUUAACAGUGAUGUUUGAAAUAAUGAAGAGUUAUGGCCAUACCUUUGAAAAGCACUGGUGGCAGGAUCUGUUCAGAAUUGUGUUUCGGAUAUUUGAUAAUAUGAAACUCCCCGAACAACAAACAGAGAAAUCUGAAUGGAUGACCACUACAUGCAACCAUGCACUUUAUGCAAUCUGUGAUGUAUUUACACAGUUUUAUGAAGCUUUAAAUGAGAUCCUUCUUCCUGACAUACUUGCACAGUUACACUGGUGUGUAAAACAAGAUAAUGAGCAGCUGGCUCGAUCAGGUACAAACUGCCUGGAAAACCUGGUAAUACUAAAUGGGCAGAAAUUCAGCACUGAAGUCUGGGCUCAGACGUGCAAUUGUAUGCUGGAAAUCUUCAAAACUACCAUUCCACAUGUCUUGCUGACAUGGAGGCCUGCAGGAGUAGAGGAAGACUCAUCUGAAAAACAUUUGGAUUUAGACCUGGAUCGCCAGUCCUUAAGCAGCAUGGAUAAAAACGCUUCAGAAAGAGGACAAAGUCAAUUUUCAAAUCCAACAGAUGAGAGCUGGAAAGGUGGUCCAUAUACAAACCAGAAACUGUUUGCUGGCCUCCUUAUAAAGUGUGUGGUGCAGCUGGAAUUGAUACAGACCAUUGAUAAUAUAGUGUUCUAUCCAGCAACAAGCAAGAAGGAAGAUGCUGAGCACAUGGCUGCAGCGCAGCGAGAUGCAUUGGAUGCAGAUAUCCACAUUGACACAGAAGACCAGGGAAUGUAUAAAUACAUGUCUUCACAUCACCUCUUUAAGUUAUUAGAUUGCCUGCAAGAGUCUCAUUCAUUUUCAAAAGCCUUUAAUUCAAAUUAUGAACAGAGAACUGUGUUAUGGAGAGCAGGGUUCAAGGGUAAAUCAAAACCCAAUCUCUUAAAACAAGAGACCAGCAGCUUGGCUUGUUGCUUGAGGAUACUCUUCAGAAUGUAUGUGGAUGAAAACCGCCGAGACUCCUGGGAUGCUAUACAGCAGCGGCUGCUUAGUGUAUGCAGUGAAGCCCUGGCAUAUUUUAUUACUGUGAACUCAGAAAGCCACAGGGAAGCUUGGACCAAUCUCUUGCUGUUGCUUUUAACGAAAACACUAAAACUCAGUGAUGAAAAGUUUAGAGCACAUGCUUCAACAUAUUAUCCAUACUUGUGUGAAAUCAUGCAGUUUGACCUGAUUCCUGAGCUCCGAGCUGUGCUGCGGAAGUUCUUCCUUCGUAUAGGUGUUGUGUUCAAAAUCUGCGUAACAGAGGAGCAGAUACGGACAACUGGGAUAACCUUACCUUCAUGGCAGCCCUGAGUAGGGUUGGUUACUGCAGCUUGUACAUAAAGCUGUGCUCCACAGGUGAAUUAAAAUGGAUGGGAAAGCAUGGGAGCCAGGUGUAACAACACAGCAGCAAGUUACUCUUGCCAUAGUGGCAUCUGGGAGGGAGGGAAAAACCAUCCUGUUCUGUCAAUCCUACACAAGUAUCAGCAGGUUUAUUUAAAUUACUGCUUACAGAGCUAAUACAGUAGGUGUAACAGUCUCAUUGUUUCAAUGCUAGUCAUCUUUAUGAUCAAGUCUGUCUCUUCUGGUCUCUUACCACUGCUCAGUCUUGCAUCCCAGCUGAAGCUGAUCAAUCAGCUGGAUUCCUCAAUAGGAAUUAUGCCCUCUGGAAAUGAAUCUACUUGUAUAGCCUUGUGAUGUUAGGACAUGUGUUCAUAAUAAACUACACUGCAGUGGCUAAUGGGCACUGAAGAUCAUUCUGGGUUUUUAUUUGUGUGUACAUGACUAGACCAGGCAGUGUGUUAUGGUUUUUGACGUGGACAGACAGCCUGUAGGGUAUUUGGGUAAAGGGUUUUCCUCCUGUUUAGCAACUCAUUUUAAAAGCGUUUUAAUAUCUUCUAUCUUCUGUGACCUGUUUUAUGUAAGGUUUUACAUCAGGAGCACACCGUAGCAGCUGUUCUAUGUAGCUUAACAGUCUUGAGUUGAACAUUUGGGAAAAAACCAACCCAAACCAACACAUCAAAGACUUAACCUUUCCAGUUAGUUUCAUACAUUGCCAGAUCACAGACAGAGCAUAUACAGGAAUACUGAAAACAAGGGUCAGAACAAACCAACCCACCCUUUUUGCCCUUGGGUACUAUGUAUUUAGUAGUAAUUGUGUCUGUUUGGUAAAAAGUCCUGUCCUUAAUACAUGUGAACUUCUGUCUUGCUACAGAUCUGCAACUUCUGAUUUAUCUUUUUGUGCAAAAACCUUUUCUUUUCCAUUAUUAAUUCCUGUUGUGAUCUAAAAUUUAAACUUGAAAUAAAUCCCUCAAAACUGCUCUAACAAAAUCUAAAU